AUGAGGACCUAUUUGUGGUUGGUAUUGCUGGUAUCAGUGACAGCUGUUAGCUGUCAACCGACAGUGGAUAUUUUAAGAUACUUUCAAAAUCCCGAACCCCAGUUGACAUUGAAACCGAAACUAACAACGGCUGAUCGCAUUGCCCAACAUGGUUAUCCGGCUGAAACCCACGAAGUCACUACCGAAGAUGGUUAUAUUAUAACCUUCUUCCGUAUACCCUAUUCCCAUAAAUUGCAAAAUCAAAACGAGUAUCGCCCCAUUGUACUGAUACAACACGGCCUGUUUAGCAGUUCCGACGGUUGGAUGUUAAAUGGUCCCAAUGAUGGUAUUGGUUUUAAUUUAGUCGAUGCCGGUUAUGAUGUUUGGUUCGGUAAUGCCCGUGGCAAUACCUAUAAUCGAAGACAUGUUUCACGUUCCACAAAUCAUCCCUACUUUUGGCGUUUUAGUUGGCAUGAAAUUGGCCAUUAUGAUAUUGCGGCCAUGAUUGAUUAUGCCUUGGCCACAAAUGGUCAGGGCCAGAAGGCCAUACAUUAUAUCGGACAUUCACAGGGUACCACGGUGUUCUUUACAUUGAUGUCUACACGUCCUGAAUAUAAUGAGAAAAUUAAGACGGCUCAUAUGUUGGCCCCCGUUGCCUUUAUGAGUAAUAUGUCCGAUAAGUUGGUCAGGACACUGGCUCCCUACCUAGGGCAUCAUAAUGGUUAUUCGGGAUUUUUCAGUGAUCAAGAAUUUGUACCAUAUAAUGAAUUAUUCACCAAGUUGGGCUACAAUGCCUGUGCUCCCCAAUCGAAGACCCAUAAGUUGUGUAGUAGCAUAGCCUAUAUGGUUGAGGGUCCUGAAUCGAAUACCAAUUUGACCAGCUUAACAAUUCUGGCGGAGACCCAUCCGGCCGGCUGUUCUACCAAUCAAAUUUUACAUUAUAUGCAAGAACAGCAAUCCGGUUGCUUCUGUAUGUAUGAUUAUGGCCCCUCCAAGAAUCUCAAAUUGUAUGGCCAAGCCACACCGCUGGAUUAUCCCCUGGACAAAAUCACAUCGGAACUUCAUCUGUGGUAUAGUGAUAAUGAUGACUCGGUUGCCGUGGAAGAUGUUGAACGUUUGGCGGACAUAUUGCCCAAUAGGAUACUACAUCACAUGGAGGAUCCCACAUGGUCUCAUGGUGAUUUUACCGGUCACAUAGAGGUUAAGAAAUAUAUCAAUGAACCGAUUAUCGAUAUUAUGAAUAAAUACGAGGAAAAAAUGUGA